GCCGCCGGUCUCGGGGCGGUCCGGCCGGGGCGAGCUGCGGGGCGGGGGCCGCCGCCCAUGUCGUCUGGUAGCGGGCGUGCGUCGGAGGAGAUAGCCGCGUGGGAGAAGGACGCCGAGGGGCACGUCGCCGCUGGCCGAGCGGACCUGGCCGCGGAGCUGCUCGAGAGGGCCCUGGUCUUGCGGAUCCGCAGCUUGGGCGCGGGACACCCGUCGCUGGUGCCAGCUGCCGAGGUCCUCGCCCGCGCCUGCAACCACGCGGUGAGCGCGGAGCUCCGCCUCGGGCGCGCGCUGGCCGCAGCGGAAGGCCGGCUGCAGCGCCUGCUGGCGCUGUUGGCCGAGGUCUCCAGCGCCGCGGCUCCGGACGUGCUGGCUCCAUGCUUCAACGUCACGCUGAACAACAUGGCCUCUUUGCACCAGCGCCUGGGAAACCAAGAGGCAGCCGUCCUCUGCCUGCGGGAGGCGCUUCCGCUCUGCAGCGCGCUGGUGCCGUCCGAGGCAGCGGCCACGCACCUGAGCCUGUGCGCGCUGCUCUCGCAG